AUGGGUUUCCGCUUGCCAAGAAUUGUUACUGCCAAGCCAAGCCUGAAACGGACUCUUUCAUCUUCAGAGACAAUAGUGGUGCCCAAAGGCCACUUUGCUGUUUAUGUUGGAGAAGCUGAAAAGAAGAGAUUCGUUGUCCCAAUAUCGUUUGGUUUUGAUCAUCCUAUGGGUGCUUUGACAAUCCCUUGUAGCAAAGAAGCCCUCGUAGAUAUCAUUAGUAACCUGCAAAGCUCAUGA